AUGACAUGGACACUGAUAAGGUCACAGAUGCCGAGCAUACGUGUAAUCAGGGAACGACAAAGGAAGUUCCGUAUUUGGAAUCCGGUGGCCAUGCAGGGGGCCAUUGAUGAAGUGCGGGCAGGCAGGCUCUCUUAUAGGCAGGCAGCUGUCCAUUUUGGGGUCCCCAAGUCCACCCUGCGAGACCGAGUCAGUGGGAAAGUGGCCUCUGACAGCACCUAUGGUCAGAAGCCACUUCUCUCUGAGAAAGAUGAGAAUGCGCUGGUGGAGUACUGCCUGUACUCCGCCAGCUUUGGAUUCCCACUGACAAAGUCACAGGUGGUGACCCACGCUCUGGCAAUUUUCAACCGGCGCCACCCACAAACACCAAAGGUGGCGCUGAGCCAGACGUGGUGGGUCAACUUCAGGGAGAGACAAAAACAACUGCUCACCACCAGGACCCCAGAUAUUAUUGACCGUGGGAGAGCAUCCUGUGCGAAGAGGGGGCCUGUCGAGGACUAUUUCAAUCUACUGUCCUCGACAAUGGACAGGUACGGGCUGAGAGGGAAACCCCACUGCAUCUACAACUGCGACGAGACGGGGUUUCAGCUGGACAGCCAGAGGAGGAAAGUCGUCGUGCCCCGGGGUACCAAGCACACUUACAGACAGGCUCCAGGCACCAGGGAGCAUAUCACCGUCCUGGCCUGUUUAAAUGCGGCUGGGGAGGAUAUCCCCCCAUUCAUUAUCUACAAGGGGGGAUAUCCGGGGGGCCCUUAUAAUAAGGAAGGGGUCCCCAAUGCUCUUUAUGGGAAGUCACCGGCUGGAUAUAUGGACAAUGAUCUGUUUGUGAAGUGGUUUAACCAGCACUUCCUAAAACAUGCCACCCAGGAGCGCCCGCUGCUGCUUGUUAUGGACGGUCAUGCAUCCCACCUCGGGCCAGAGCUGAUCCAGGCGGCACAGAGGGCAGGGGUCAUCCUUUUGUGCCUCCCGCCGCACACGUCACACAUCCUUCAGCCCUUGGAUGUGAGUUUUUUUGGACCCUUGAAGGCAGAUUUUGCAGGCACAACUGGGGAUCUGUCGGCUGUGAGCCACUCCUUUACACUUUCCAAAAAGGAGUUUUCAAGGGUCCUCAAAAACUCAUAUCUGAAGAUGAGGGAUAGAGGCGUUGUGGUUGGAGGCUUCAGAAAGUGUGGCCUCUACCCCUUGGAUCCGGGGGCCGUUGACUGGUCCCGGAUCAUGCCAUAUGGGCCUCCACUACCACCGCCUCCUCCUCCUCCACCACCACCACCGCCUCCACUACCACCGCCUCCUCCUCCUCCUCCACCACCACCGCCUUCUCCACCACCGCCUUCUCCACCACCGCCUUCUCCACCACCGCCUUCUCCACCACCGCCUUCUCCACCACCGCCUCCUCCACCACCGCCUUCUCCACCACCGCCUUCUCCACCACCGCCGUCUCCACCACCGCCUUCUCCACCACCGCCUUCUCCACCACCGCCUUCUCCACCACCGCCUUCUCCACCACCGCGUGAUUCCAUCCUAGCCCAUCCUCUGGUGGUGUCGGGAAGGAUCCCCCCUGACCUGGCUGACCUGCUAAUGGAGGUGAAAUUCCAUAGAAGCCAAGGCAGGUUAAGGAGGAACAUUUCAAAGGCGCGCAUCUUGACAGCGGAGGACAUGGCUACCACCAUCGAGGAGGCAGAAGACAGAGCUGCGAGGAGGGAGGCUCAAGCUCUGGCCAGAAGAGACAGAGAGCAGCAGCGGGCUGAAGAGAUCCAGCUGGAAGCCACUUCCGCCAUAGCUGGUGACUCCCAGCCCAGCCGCAUCAGUGCAAACCCCGGGUGCUCAUCUGCCAGUUCCGGACAUUCCACCACCGGCCUCUCAGCCCCUCCAAUCCCCUUUCAAACCUCCCACGGUCUUCAGCUGCCUGACUCUCCUCGAAUACCAACUAGGAGCCUGCCUGCAGCACCGGCCCAACAUAUUCGAGAACCAUCUACAUCAAGAGGCCCCCUAGGUCUCCAGUCGUUCUCUAGCCCUUCCUCCACCAGACCCAUGGCAUCUGUUGCUCCCCCGGCCAAAAGAGCCAAAAAAGGAUGUGGAAUGUGCAGAAAGGUGGAUCCACCCGGCCAAGGAAAGACGGUGCCAUGGGUCCAGUGUGACACCUGCCACAGCUGGUUCCAUUGGGUCUGCGUGUCAUGGGAGGAAGGGCUAGGGGAUUUUAUUUGUUUUUGGUGCCGAGACAUGUAG